AUGGACAGCUCCAGGCCCCGUAUUUUUAACUGUGCUGCGGUUAAAUUGGCAAGGAGGUCUGGGCGAGACUUGAACUCGGGGGCUCCACCCCAGGACCACAGCCAGAGCACAUCUGUCCCUCAGCCCAGUCCCUCGGCACCUCCCCCACCUGCCCAAGCCAGCCCUCCUCCGCCUCACCGCUGCACGCUGUCCUCACCACCCAGUGCCAGCACUGCCCAUGCACAAAGGCCCCCAGCUUCUCAUCACACUCAGAGGGCACCUGCCAUCCUCACCUGGGCCCAGCCCGCCAACGAGAUCCGGCUCCCUUCUCUCUCCCCAACCUCAUUUCUGUUCCAACCGCCCGGACUACAGCCCCUCCUGAAAGAAGCCUUGUCCAUGCUCUCUGAGAGCCUGUGCACCUGCCCUGUCCCUAUAGUCACCUACACAUGUCCUGGAGGCUCCCUCUGUGCCUCCGGGGUAGAAUGUGGCCAUGCCAGCCAGGAUGACACCGGCCUCGCAGGCCAGUGCAGACCUCAGACCCCACUCAGCACAGGCCCCCUCCUGCGGGUCAGCUGGUAG